UAUCUCCCCCAAGUCGCCCUCAAAGCCCAUGCGACAAUCUUGUCUUCGACUGCGCGCACCACCCUCACCCAGACUUUUCUCAACCCAUCUAGCAGAUUAUUAGAGGAGGUCUCUUAUGCAUUCCCCCUCUAUGAUGGAGUAAGUGUGGUAGGCUUCAAAUGCCAGGUGGGUAGUCGAGUCCUGCACAGCCAGGUCAAGACAAAAGAACAGGCCAACGUCGAGUAUCAAGACGCCGUGUCUGAGAAGAAAUUAGCCAGCAUUCUGGAUCAGUCAAAUAGUGCUUCUGACUGCUUCUCCAUCAGACUGGGCAAUAUUCCAGCUGGAGAGAAAGUCACAGUGGACAUCACCUUUGUUGGGGAUCUCAAGCAGGACGCCCAGACAGAUGGGACUCGUUACACGAUACCUAAUACCAUCGCUCCUCGUUAUAGCAAUGUCCUUGAUGGCAUGGAUGACUGGGUAGCAUCCCGUGGCUCACCUGCACAGUCACAAGGCAUUUCUAUCACAGCUGAUGUGUUGAUGGAGAAAUCAUCCGUCAUCCGAGAGCUGCAGUCUCCAAGUCACCCGGUAAAAGUCUCUCUGGGCCGCAUCUCUUCGGUGCAAGAGGAAGACUCUGCCUUCGAGCCAUCACAAGCAUCUGCCAGUUUGAAGAUAGCCAAAGGAGAUGUCUUGCUGGAACGCGACUUUGUCCUCGUCGUUAGGGCAGAUGGACUUGACUCGCCUCGAGCCCUGCUCGAGUCGCAUCCCACCAUUCCCGGCCAGCGAGCGCUGAUGGCGACUCUUGUCCCCAAGUUUAGUCUGCCGCCGAUUCAGCCAGAGCUUAUCUUUGUUCUUGAUCGGAGUGGCAGUAUGAAAGACAAGAUACAGAGCCUGCAAGCCGCACUCAGGGUCUUUUUGAAAUCUCUGCCUGUCGGCGUUUGCUUCAAUAUUUGCUCAUUUGGCAACUACCAUUCCUUCUUGUGGGAGAGGAGCAAAGCCUACGAUGCAUCGAGUCUGAAGGAGGCUCUCGUAUUUGUCGACAAUGUCUUUGCUAACAUGGGUGGCACGGAAAUGCAAGGCGCUGUUGAGGCGGCUGUCGAAAGCCGUAUGGGCGACAGGGAGCUCGAGGUGCUGAUACUCACAGAUGGACAGAUACGGAAACAAGAAGCAUUGUUCAGCUUUGUCCGGGAGAAGUCUGCCGAUAACAGUGCGCGAUUCUUUUCUCUUGGAAUUGGCAAUUCGGCAUCACACUCCCUCAUCGAGGGCAUCGCUAGAGCAGGAAAUGGAUUCUCCCAGUCUGUGAUAGCCCAUGAGGAGCUUGAUAGAAAGGUUGUACGGAUGCUCAAGGGAGCCUUGACUCCUCAUAUCUACGACUACAAGCUGAAGGUUGAGUAUGAAGACUCAGACUACGAUUUUGAAGUCCUCACGUCCGACACUGAAACACUGUCAAUUGAAUCCUUGGCCGAUGAGAAAGAAAAGGAAGUCCCGGAAAUUCCAAAAGAAAACCCCCAAAAAGAUACACAAACCCCCAUUUCCCUCUUCGUUGACGAUUUCAAGGAACCCGACAUUGGUCUUGGAGCUAUUCAGCCUGAGGAAAUCCCCGACGUUCGCCCACCGAAAGCCAUCCAAGCACCGCACAAGAUCCCGCCUUUGUAUCCGUUCAUCAGGACCACCGUCUACAUUCUCCUGGACCCCCAGUCUUCCGAUCGAGUCCCAAAGUCAGUCGCAUUCCAUGCCACCUCCAAGCAGGGCCCGCUGCUCUUGAAUGUCCCCAUUUCAGACAUCGGCCAGGGCGAAACCAUCCAUCAGCUCGCCUCCCGCAAGGCCGUCAUCGAACUCGAAGAGGAACACGGCUGGCUCGUCGACGCCAAACACAACGGAGUCCCCCUCAAGCACCUACACGCCAACACAAAGCGGCAGAUUGCCCGUCGUGAAUGCGAACGUCUCGGCAUCAAGUUCCAAGUCACCGGGAAACACUGCUCGUUCGUGGCAUUGGAAGACGACCCUGAAAACCCAUCAGAGACUAACGAAAAGACCGAGUUGCCCGUUUCAAUUGAGCAGACCCAGGUGCCGAAAUCGGCAUCCAUCAAAAAUGAGGCAAGGAAAUCACCUUCCAGUGCAGGCCGAGGGUCUCUUCCACCAGGCGUGGUUUCCGAACAACGGUUUGCAAUGUCGCCCCCGGGUCCUGGCCCAUUCAGCUCUGCCGGUGGUGAACAAUUCGGGAGUGCAAACCCAACCUCCAAUCCGUUUGGAAAGCAAAGCGCUGGUGGUGCAGGGUUCGGACAAUCUGUUUUCGACUCAUCUUCAGGUAGUUCCGUAUUCGAUCAACUGGCUGCCCCUGCCUCCAGACAAUCUGCUACCCUUCCUGCCCCUGCCUCCAGCACAAGCUCUGGUCCAUCAUUUGGUCAACCUGCUGGUGGAGCAUUAUUCGGAAAAUCUGCUUUCGGCUCAUCCUCAGGAAACCCCUUCGAAAAGCCUCAAGUCUCACUAUUCGGUAGCGCAAACCUCAACACCAACACAAACACCACCCCUGGAGGUGGUCUCUUUGGGAGCGCAAACCCAACCCCAGCCCCACCCCCAGCUCCCAGUUCAAACACUUCAAGCAGUCAAUUUGAACUGGCAAACUCCACCAGCACAGGCUCAUCAUUAUUCGGUGGCACAAACCCCAGCACCAACACCAACACCACCAAUCCAGACACAAACACAAACCCAAAUCCAUUCUCUGGAGGCCUCUUUGCAGGUCUACGCUCACUCCCCACCCCCACUUCAGGCAGUCUAUUCGGGCAACCUGCUCACUCCCCAGCCCCAGUCCCAGAAACACCCACCAGCAAAGUCCGCGCCCUCAUCAACCUCCAAACCUUUGAGGGAUCCUGGGAAUGGACUGAUCCCCUCUUCACCAUCCUCGAACUGAACCCCGCCGAGACAAAGACAAACCUAGCCAAGCUCUUCCAAGACAACGGCAAGAGUGUCGACGAUUCUGCAUUCCCCCAAGUUGAGGAGGCUACAGUCUUCGCUACACUGCUUGCAAUGGGGUAUCUGGGAACCAAGAAUGGGGAUUUGAAGAAUAUCUGGGAGCUGGUUUAUGAAAAGGCCGAGGGGUGGGUUAGGCAGGCGUUGGAGAAGAUGGGAGAUGAGGGGGUGGUU